UCCUGAGAUUUAUAUGUUCCCAUGUAUGGUCUAUACCCUUUUGUUGACUUAAUUGAAUGUUAGAUGGCCAGAGUGCACUAAAAGGGGAACCACGAUCGGAAAUGUAAACUUACUUUGAGAUGCUUCCAUCGCGUCCAGAAAAAAAUUGUAUGAGACUCUCAUACAAUUACUCUAACAUAUCAAAUGAAAGGCAAACUAAAGAAGCAAUCUUAUACGAUGAACCUGAGGUUAUAAACUAAUGAGAAAAAAUACUUUAAAAUAUUUUUGCCGUUUCUUUAAUAUGCAGCAAAUGGGCAUUUGGUCUAGUGGUAUGAUUCUCGCUUAGGGUGCGAGAGGUCCCGAGUUCAAUUCUCGGAAUGCCCCAAUAUUUUGUUCUGUUUUUGGCAGAUUUACAAAAAAAUGCUUCAAACAUACCAAUGGCUUUUAGAACUCUGAUUUGUCUGCUCCGUCUUUAUAAUAUUCACCAACCAGUAUAUGCAUCAUAAUAAGCCAAAUGAAGCCAGCCAAAGAAAAAGACAAAAGAGAGAGUAUAGAGUUUCUACAAAAAGUUGCUUUGAAGUUACGUUACAUCGGUAAAAUUGUCGUUUAUGGUGCAAAUAAGUGUCGGUUACAAUUCAUGGAAUCUUCAACGCAGGGCAUCAUUAUUUAGACCAUACAAUGUUGAAAAGCUAAAGUAGACAAACACUACACAAAGACUUUUUGUAAUCUCCGCCAAAAUGACCGGAGUAAUAAUGGUGCCGCCGGAGACAAGACCGCACAUCAUGGUGUUCCCUUUCCCAGCACAAGGCCACUUACUUCCUUUACUAGACUUAACUCACCAACUCUGCCUUCGUGGAGUCAACGUCUCCGUCAUCAUCACUCCCCAAAACCUCCAACACCUCUCUCCUCUCCUCUCCGCUCAUCCCUCCUCCGUAACCUCCGUCGUCUUCCCUUUCCCUCCCCACCCUUCUCUCCCUCCCGGCGUUGAGAACGUUAAAGACCUCGGAAACUCCGGUAGCCUCCCGAUCAUGGCCUCUCUUCGCCAGCUUCGCGACCCUAUCACCCUCUGGUUCCGUUCUCACCAAACUCCUCCCGUUGCUCUCGUCUCCGACUUCUUCCUUGGAUGGACGCACGAUCUCUGCCACCAGAUCGGUAUCCCUCGCUUCGCCUUCUUCUCCUCCGGCCCUUUCUUGGCUUCCGUUCUCCAGUUCUGUUUUGACAAUAUCAAAUCAAGAACGAAGGAUCCGGUUCGUUUCUCGGAUCUUCCCGGGGCUCCGGUGUUCGAGGAGGAGCAUCUCCCGUCGGUGUUCCGACGCUCGCUUCAAUCACCGUCGCGGGAUCUUGAAACGGUCAAAGCUGAAAGCUCCAUGAAUUUUUUGAGCUACGGUUGCGUUUUCAACACGGCAGAGUGUUUGGAAGCAGAGUAUGUGGAGUACGUGAAACAGAGAGUUGGUCACGACCGGGUUUUUGGAGUUGGCCCGCUUUGUUUACUCGGGUUAGACCCGGUUGGUACGCUUAAAACCAGUUCUUGUCCGUUGCUGAGUUGGCUUGACGGUGGUCCGGAACGGUCAGUGCUGUACAUAUGUUUUGGAAGUCAAAAGGCGUUGACCAAGGAGCAGUGUGAUGCUCUGGCGCUUGGGCUAGAGAAAAGCUUGACCCGGUUCGUAUGGGUGGUUAAGAAAGAUCCAGUACCCGAAGGUUUUGAGGAGCGGGUGGCUGGUCGGGGAAUGGUGGUUAGAGGGUGGGCUCCGCAGCUUGAGGUGUUGCGACACGUGGCGGUUGGAGGGUUUUUGAGCCACUGUGGAUGGAACUCUGUGCUUGAAGGGCUAACGAGUGGAACCUUGAUAUUGGGGUGGCCAAUGGAGGCUGACCAGUUUGUGAACGCGAGGUUGCUGGUGGAGGAUUUGGAUGUGGCGGUUCGGGUUUGUGAAGGGGAUGGAACAGUGCCUGAACCGGAUGAACUUGGCCGGGUUAUAGGUGAAACAAUGGGUGAGAGUGGACUUGAGGUUAGAGCUAGAGCGGAGGAGAUGCGCAGGAAGCUAGUAGGAUCAGUGACAAAAGGCAGCUCUUUUGCUGAUUUAGAAAGACUGGUCAGAGAAGUUGCUCUUAUUUAAGAUUCAAUGCAGAGAGAAAAUAAAUAAAUUUUUAUUGGCAAGAACCAAAUGAUCAAAAUAUUCAAAAGAAGAAAAUGAAGUUAAUGAUCAUUUACCCAAGAAAAGAAGAAUGAUUUGUCUAUUCAUAUAUGUUCCAUUAUAUUUCGGAUCAUAGUUUCUGUUAUACAUUUUGCAGACAUUACUGUCACGUAC